UGCCCAUAUCUGCAGAACAGUAAUAAGAAAACUUGAACUGUGACAAACAAGACUGGAUGAGGAAAAAUAUAAAUUUUUCCACUAUGCACAGUGAGCAGAAUGCACAAUUAAGAAAAAGGGAGGGAAAAAGAAAGAAAGAAAGAAAGAAAUUUCACUUUUGCAUCAAUUGUUUUACAGAAAUACUUUUCCAUGAGUUGACCAAUAACUGAACAGCAGUUCUCCCAGUGGUAGUCGGGUUUCCUUUCACAGGAAAAAGUGGGGAGUUGCAUCAGUAGAUAAGUAUUCCCAUAGCUCUGCAGAAUGCAAUCACUCCACUGCAGUUUGAGGUUCAAGGAAAGGAUCCUAUGAGAUAGCCUCGACUUUCCCUUUUAUUUGCUUCAGCAGUUUGAAGAAAAGCAAGAGUCCCUAAAAUGUUCAGCAGGGGAAAAUUGCUUCUGGUUUCACUCAUUUUCUCAUCUUACUUCAGCCAAAUCACUCUGAGUUAUACCAAUCUGUUGGACGCAUCCUCCACUGUUAUCGAUGAUCUGUAUGAUGGAUGUCGUAAAGAAGCCAUGGAGAAGUUUGUUCCUGGUCUAUUAAAUCAAGAACUUGAUAAAAGUGACAAACUGCAGAAAGCUUGGAAAACGUGGCAAGGACGGAGAACAAGUAGCAACUGUACCUCACAGAUCCCUGGAGGAAAUGAAGAGCACACUUCUGCUCUCGCCAUCUACCACUUUGGGGAUGAAGAGUUUAUAAAGGAGCUGAACAAUGCAGUGGAGACAAUGAUGGUGAAUGUUACCACGUAUGAUAAGGACUUCCAUUUUAAGGCCCUUCAUUUCCUGCUGAUGGAUUCCAUGAUGCUGCUGAGGCCAAAGGAAUGCGGACAGGUAUAUUUAAUCCAAGAUGACGGAGGAAAAAUACCAAAAACAAACUCAAAAGUGAGGUUUUCAAGUUUCACCGUGGUCGAAUCAGACUUAGACUUUACAGAUUUGGCGGAUCAGACUAUUUUUAAAAUAAAAACUUGCUUCUACGUGAACCUGGACGAUCAACUUUGUCUGAGAAAGCUUGGUACAUUACUCCUAUCUCCGGCUGAAGUCUUCACUGUGGAGAAAAUAGAGAAAAAGACGACUGGUGACGAUGAGUACACCGAGGUUGUUUUGACCCAUCCUACUCUGCAAAGUACGGUGGCCGUGGGGUGCAAACCACUUUUACAAGUUUAUUUGUCAGUGCUGUGGCUGGCCAUGAGCUCCACCAUGUACAAUCCCAUCAUCUACUGCUGCCUCAACAGCAGGUUCAGGGCUGGCUUCAAGCAGGUCUUCCGCUACUGUCCCUUCGUUCGGAUGUCAAGCUACGACGAGCUGGAGCUCCAAAGCACCAGACUUCGACCGUGUCACCAGAGCAGCAUGUGCACCCUCUCUCGAGUAGACACCAGCAUCCUGAGCAAAAACAAGAGUGUUUGUUCUCGAGGAAACCGGUCCAAGGCAAACUUUGCAGAAUAAUAUAGACAGCUAGACCCCAAUGGGACACCCCCUCGCUAGCUGCUCAGAAGAUUAUGUUUACAUUGUUUUUAACUGAGGCUCCGUGUUUUACAUUUGGUCAGGGGUUUUAUUUAGGAAGUGUUUGAUUCUAUGAUCCCUGCUGACAACUUCUGUUCUUUUUGAAAAUUCUUGCAAUUUUUCCCAGACACUUAAGAGUUUACAAGUUAGCCAAGCCUGGAAAAUGGUUACCAGCAUAUUGUUGCUCCAAUGGUGAGUAAACCACAUAGCAGAAGAAAGAGACUUCAGUUUUUAGUGUUACGUUUGCCCCCCAACUCAUAAAUAUAGAGGAGCAGUUGCUUCACUUGCUCCAUUGUUCAGGCGCCUUUCCUGUGAAAAGCACCUCCUCGGGAAACAGGAAAUUUACUGAGAGGAUACGUAGGGAGAUUUCAAUAGGCUAUCUGAGAUAACAGUUUGCUUAAAGAAACAUAUUAAUGCUGGUGUUGAGAGCCAGCAGGGAGCUGGUUUUAGAUGGUAGUGGAACCAGUGUGAAAAUGACACACAAAAGCUCACAAAAACACCCAAGGUGCUGUGGAUAAAGACAGAAAUAAGAAAGCAUAACCCUAACUGCAAGCCAAAAUCUCCAUAAACUUUGUUGACAAAACUACAUUUGAUUUUAAAAUAAGCUGUUGAAGGUUUUCUUUAAACCUUUUUCAAAUUAAAUUAUAAUUCAAAAAUUAUUUUGUACUAUAUAUUAACACUUUUGAAGGGAAGUUUACAAAAAUCUAAACACUGAAGAGACGACUCAAGUUUUGAAGCUGGAAGGUGGAUGAAGCUGGAAAGAAAUGUCAGCAGUGAUGUAGGAAGUAAAGAAAACAGACAAAUUGUGAAUUUUAUAGGCAGGGUAUCCUGUUCUGUUACUGUACAUCUGGAGUUCAAGUCAUUUUCAGUUUAGCUUAUCUAUAAAUCACCGUAACAAAUAUUGUGUCAAGGUGUUUUACAAGACAAACUGGUCCAGUUUCCAAUGAGCUUCACUUGUGGAAAUGAAACCUUUAAGCUCAACAUUAUUAAUACGACUGCUAGAUUUAACUUUAGAGUAAUAUUUUAAUUUUACCAACAUGUUUCUUCUCACUGGAAGUAAAAUUAACUCUCUGCAGCCCAGCAAAAGUCCCGACUUGGAUCUUAAAGAGGAUCUGUGAAGGAAGCUAGAGAUUAGGGUGAUGGCUAGGAUGCUUUCCAACCUCAAAGACCUGGAGCUCAUCACCAAUGAUAAAUCACCUUAAUACCAGUGGAAGUAUGCAAAACGCUUGUCAGUAAUUAUAGGAAGGGUUUGACUGCUGUAAGGCCAAUGAAGAUUUUUUGGUUGAUCCUUGGAAUGGGUAUAAAUCAUUUUCCACAUAUAGUUUUUUCUUUAAAAUGCAAAUAAAAGCAGAUAAAUAUUUUUCCCAAAGAAAAUAAUACUUGUGUCUUUUGAGAGAUGCCUGUCUUAUUUCCCAUGAGUGACAACGUCUUGGUUAAAUGAGAAUUAUUUUAAAUGUAAAUUUGCCAGAGAUAUGAAUAAUUUUAGGCUUAACUUUAUUAUGUAUUAACAUGCAAAACACAUGGGUACGUUCUCGACAUGGGACAUGAAAAAAGCACAUGAACAAAAAUAUUCAUAAACAUAAUGUGCAACUGGAAAAACAUGUUACACAUGUGAGAAAAUGUCCAUAUGUGUAUGGUUUUACCACACAUACUCCACAUGUGGGAAUUAUAUUGUGUUGUCAAAGGGGAAACAUUUUCUCUCAUUGAUUUCAAGAUGUCCUAAUUAUGAUACAAUACAGUCCAAUCUGGUUGAUGACAUACCAGUUGGUUUAGUUAUAUUUCCAAAAAUGAAUCAACAUCUUUGUGUGAUAUGUAGCAUAUUUUCACAUGAAUGCCUUUCAUUUAUUUUAGUUCAUUGCCCAUUUGUUUUACUGUGGGAUGCUGCAGUCCAUUUUUGCUCACUAUAUGUUCAGACGCAUAGAUUUUAUUCUUCUCACUGAUAGGUUGCAGAAAAAAAAAACAUGUUUCGACUGUUGCAAAACCCCAGAAAGCCUAUUUCUCAUUUUCCAAGUGAGUGAUGAACUUGGUGCAAAACUAACUAAAAACUAACUAACUGCUUUUCAUUCAGAUGUAUAUUAUCAUGUAUGUAUGUGCUUUUCUGUCAUGCCUUUAAAGAGGUUUGUUAAAUAUUGAGACAAAGUCUUUUAAUUGUUUGUAGAACUAUUUAUAUAUUCAUUUAAUUUCUUUCUCAUGUUGUGCUAGACAUCAGUGGUUGUUAUUAAUACCUAAUAAAGAAUUCUGUUUAUACAGCUUCAA